AUGAGCCAAUCUUACUUCCCAAGUCAGGGUCAAUCGCAACAAUCGAAAGACGAUGAGGAAAACAGCAACCCAGACGAUAUGGCAUCGCCUGCACCGAUCCGCCCCUCCUCGUAUCCACCACAAUAUAUGACAGUGGGCAGCGGAGGUCAUCCUACGCAUGCUGCGGCUCUCAUGGAACAAUUGGAGCAGGACUCGGGCUACGGAAGCAUGGGGGGCGACGCGCAACAACGUGGUGGCGAGAUGCGCGCAUGGGAAGAUGGACUUCUAAGAGACAGACCUACGCCGGCCCAUACCCCUCAUAUUGAUGGACGUCCCGGGAAAAUGUCCGAAACCGAGAAGCGGGCACUCGCAGGCCAUGUCCAUCAACUAUACUACAACCAAAAUCGCGUUGCCCUGGCCAAGGCGAUUGGCCAAACAGUGGAACUAUUGAAACAACUACAAGAAAUGAAUGCCCAGUGGCCUGCACAUUAUCCGUCAGUCCAGCGCCCUCAGGACGAUAAGCAACCUAGCAGACCGACCAUCACACAAGCCCAGUCAACGAGAGACCAGAGCGAUUUGUCACGGGACAUCUUCAUGAAGACGGCGGGGCAACCUCGACCAGGAGCAUUGCGGAGGGCUGGCACCUCGAUUGGAGAGGACACUUCGGCGGAAUCGAGUGCGCAGGCUGAACGCAGGACGACUCCUGAGCCACGGCUGAUUACACCCCAGAUAGCCCAAGAGUUCUCGAUUCUGAAGCUGGAUCUCAAAGUGGGCGCAUUGUCACAAACGGAACUGGUCCAUUCGCUGGAGAAAAAAUCAAUCGCCUCAUUACUCGACGGCAAGAUAAGCCAAAGUGUUCGCCACUUGCUUGCUCUUCGAGACCGGAUAGAAGACGCCUCCAGUAAGGUUCUGGUCACCGGGGAUCUCAAUGCUGGGAAGUCGACAUUUUGCAACGCUCUGUUACGGCGGAAGAUCCUCCCCGAAGACCAGCAGCCUUGCACCAGCAUAUUUUGUGAAGUUCUUGAUGCAAAAGAAAAUGGCGGCAUCGAGGAGGUACAUGCUGUCCACAAAGAUUCAAUAUAUGACCGAAACGAUGAAAGUACGUACGACAGCUAUUCUCUGCAAGAGCUGGAGAAGAUCGUUGUUGAAAACGACCGGUAUAUGCAGUGCAAAGUCUACAUCAAGGACGUCCGCACCAUCGACCAGUCAUUAUUAAAUAACGGGGUCGUGGAUAUUGCACUGAUCGAUGCGCCUGGGUUGAAUUCUGACUCGGUAAAGACAACUGCUGUCUUCGCCCGGCAAGAAGAGAUCGACGUGGUCGUAUUCGUGGUCUCUGCGGCGAACCAUUUCACUCUCUCGGCCAAGGAGUUCAUCUGGCAAGCCGCCCAUGAGAAGGCCUACAUUUUCAUGGUGGUCAAUGGGUUCGAUAACAUCCGAGACAAAGAGCGGUGCCAGAAGCUGAUUCUUGAGCAACUGGCCAAACUUAGUCCCCAGACAUUCAAGGAAGCCCAAGAAUUAGUACACUUCGUGUCCAGCAAUGCGAUUCCCAUGGCGCCAUCACUACCAUCAAGUGGACCGGAUGGUGCUGUGGGCGGGUCAGGCCCCUCCAACCCUCCCGACGACGACGGUGACGACGGUGAUGGUGAUGACCAAGGAAAGGGCAAAGGAAAGGACAAAGAGAAGAUCCAAGAUUUUGAGGUGCUUGAAGGCGCUCUGCGGAGGUUCGUUCUAGAGAAGCGAGCGCGCUCGAAACUUGCACCGGCGAAGACUUACCUGAUGAAUUGCCUGGCCGACCUGAACGUCCUCGCCACGGUGAAUCGAGAUGUCGCCGAAGCUGAACUCAACAGAGUGUCCAAAGAGCUUUCUGAAAUCGAGCCCGAAUUCGAAGACAGACAGAAAAAGCGAGUGGCCAUCGCGGAGCAGAUUGAGAAGGAAAUCGACUCUACAUCUACUGAUGUGUACAACUAUACGCGUUCAACAUUGUCCAGUACCAUCGCCAACGUUGGGAGGGAAGACCAUGGUGUUGAAUACCCAGGUCUAUUCUCAGCCUUCCAAUAUGCUGAGGACCUUCGCAUCGCUAUGCUCGGCCAGAUUUCAGCUGCAGUCACAAGUUGUGAAACAUACGGACGGAGUAAAUCCGUUGAAGGCGUCAGUAUGAUCAAAUCUCUUGGUCUAUUGCACGUGGGCGACAGCUAUGAGAGGCUCAAUUUCCAAGCAGACAAGAUGUUUCAGCGACGCAAGGACGCGCUGGUUCGGUCAGUGGACACGGAUGUAGAGAUCUGGGACUUCUUCGACGUGGCAGGUUUAUGGGAGCGGCAGGAGAAGACGGUCGGAACUGGCCUGGCGCUGACAGUGGUUGGCACAGUUGGUUCGAGAGCGAUUGGCGGUGUCGGCUGGGUUGAUGGUGUCUUUGGGGCGGCAAAGAUCAUUGGCAGUCGGAAUUUGAGAAGAUUGGUGGUGCCAGGUGUGGUUGCUGCCGCUCUGUUGACCGUUGCCUAUGUUUUGUCGAGCAUCCCUCAGACAUUGCCUCCGCGCCUGGCAUCCAAACUGUCGGCAACCUUGGCACAGAUGGACUAUACUCACAGCAAUGCCAACCGCAUUGCUGGCGAGGUUCGACGAGUGCUCCGCUUCCCAGCACAGCAACUGACGACCGACCUUGCACGCGGCGUAGAAGACUUGAAGCAGAAGAAGGAGGAUGUGACAAAGGUCAAGCACGAGAGUCAAGUUGCAAGGAAGUACUUUGGAAAUUUGGUGCGGGACUCAUCAGAGACAAGGCGGAGAGUUACGGGCAUUGAUCUGGAAGGGCCACCAGGAGCCGUCGGGGCUUACGCAAGUUGA